UCACGCGAAUUGGAGCGCGUUCUUGACAGCGCGCGCUCUCCUAGACAGCAGAGAAUCAUACACAUCGUCCAGGAGCAAGUCCAAUGGUGGGAUCCAGUCGCAGUUAACUGUCGAUGAUUCACUCACAGUAUAUCGCAGCGCUUGGAUUGCAACGUACACAAUCACUUGGUCUGGAUUAAAACAUAUACAGUUAUCUGUAUGAUCGGGGGACAAGAUUUCGCAGUAUGGUCCGGGAAACCAGACACUUAUGGGUGGGGAAUUUACCAGAAAAUGUACGAGAGGAGAAGAUUAUUGAACACUUCAAACGAUAUGGACGUGUGGAGAGUGUCAAGGUCUUGCCGAAGCGUGGUUCAGAGGGAGGAGUUGCUGCUUUUGUGGAUUUUGUGGACAUUAAGAGUGCUCAGAAGGCACACAACUCUAUCAACAAGAUGGGGGACAGAGACCUGCGCACAGAUUACAAUGAACCAGGAACAAUCCCCAGCGCUGCCCGUGGACUGGAUGAUAACCUGCCCAUAGGCUCUCGUGGGCGGGAUGUAUCAGGGUUCACGAGGGGGGCGGCGGGGCCUGUGUACGGGCCCCCUGCUUCACUCCACAGCAGAGAUGGACGCUAUGAACGCAGACUAGACGGGGCUGCCGAGGGUCGGGAGCGUGCAUACGAUCACAGUGCCUAUGGACACCAUGAGCGUGGUGGGGGCAGCGGGAGUAGCAGCAGCAGCUUUGACCGCCAGCGGCACUAUGAAUCGGACUAUUACCGGGAUCCACGGGACCGCUCCCUCAGCAGCGGUGGGGGUGGCUCGACCUCUACCAGCGGGAGCAGCGGAGGGAGUUCGGGGCCAGGCAGCGGAGGGGUCGGCGGCGUGGCUGGAGGGAGCAGCAGCAGCAGCAGCAGCAGUGGCGGCAGCAGCACUGCUGCCGGAGCUGGAGUGGUUGGGGUUGUUGGGGCUGUUGGGGCGUCUGUUGCAGUCACACCCAGCUACUACGGCUCGCGCAGCCGUAGCCCCAGUCGCUUUGACGCGGCAGAGACUCGCUACGAGGCGCGAGGCGUUCGCGAGCCCUUCACCUUGGCCAGCGUGGUGCACCGGGACCUUUACCGGGAGGACAGAGGCAGGCGGACGGACCGGUCGUACCACCACAGCCGCAGCCGCUCGCCACACUCCUCGCAGUCACACAACCCCUCACCACAGAGGCUCUCCAGUCAGGCGUCGCGAGCCCCGCGCUCCCCCAGCGGGUCGGGUUCUCGCAGCCGCUCUUCCAGCUCCGACUCUGUCAGCAGUACCAGCAGCAGCAGCAGUGGCAGUGAGUCCAGCAGUAGUUCUAGCGACGAGUCCCCAGCACGGUCUGUUCAAUCAGCUGCAGUCCCCGCCCCCUCUGCAACGCCACUGCCCUGCCUCGACAAGGAUGAGCCUCGGAAAAGCUUUGGCAUAAAGGUCCAAAAUCUUCCUGUUCGCUCAACAGACACAAGCUUGAAGGAUGGUCUAUUCCACGAGUUCAAAAAGCACGGGAAAGUCACCUCAGUGCAAAUCCAUGGAGCGACAGAGGAGCGCUACGGCCUUGUCUUUUUCCGCCAGCAGGAGGACCAAGAAAAGGCUUUCAGUGCAUCUAAAGGGAAGCUGUUUUUUGGCAUGCAAAUUGAGGUCACCGCCUGGAAUGGUCCUGAGACUGAGAGCGAGAAUGAGUUCAGGCCUCUAGAUGAGCGAAUAGACGAAUUUCACCCAAAAGCUACAAGGACACUGUUCAUCGGGAACUUGGAGAAGACAACCAGUUACCACGAUCUACUCAACAUCUUCCAGCGAUUUGGAGAGAUAGUGGACAUUGAUAUCAAGAAAGUCAAUGGUGCACCUCAGUAUGCUUUUCUGCAGUACUGUGAUAUUGCCAGUGUCUGUAAAGCCAUAAAGAAGAUGGAUGGAGAAUAUCUUGGCAAUAACAGAUUAAAGUUGGGCUUUGGGAAAAGUAUGCCUACCACAUGCGUAUGGUUGGAUGGUCUCGCAUCCAGCAUCACAGAGCAGUACCUCACACGUCACUUUUGUAGAUAUGGACAUGUAGUGAAGGUUGUGUUUGAUAGAUUAAAAGGGAUGGCUCUCAUCCUUUACAACAACAUUGAAUGUGCGCAGGCCGCUGUCAAAGAAACCAAGGGGUGGAAGAUUGGGGGCAAUAAAAUUAAGGUGGAUUUUGCCAAUCAGGAAAGUCAAAUGGCUUUCACCCAUUCAAUGCAAGCCUCGGGGCAGGACAUUAGAGACUUUUAUGACGUUGUACCUGAAAGACGAGAUGAGCGCAGGCCGCCAUAUACUGAGUUCUCUGCUGAGCGGGCAUACUAUGAAAAUGUGCGAACACCUGGCACCUACACAGAGGAUCCUCGGCGCAAGUAUGCUGCUAGAGGCCGGGAACUCUAUGCAGAGUGGGAUCCCUACCAGACGGACUACUAUGAGCCACGCUACUAUGAGGACCCCCGUGAAUACAGAGAUUACCGGGACCCUUAUGAUCAGGAUAUACGCAAAUACAACUAUUUACGGGAACGGGAGAGGGAGAGAGAGCGAUUUGAGACAGACCGUGAACGUGACCAUGGCCGCAGGACUAUGGAGCACAGCCAAAGCCCAUCUCUCCCCCGACGCCCAGCAAGCCCCACAGCUUCACCCUCACCCUCUGAUCGUCUACCGAGCGAUUCUGAACAUCCCAUAUAUAGUCGGUCAUCAGAGAGAAGUGGCAGCUGCAGUUCUCUUUCACCACCACGUUUCGAAAAGAGGCCGGAUCGGUACAAUAAGACGGAGAAAGCUGACAAGGAGAAGCCAUUAUUUGACACUGAGCGACUCAGCGUAGUAGAGAAGGAGAAGCGUUCUGUCAGAAAGGAAAAGUCUGACAAAGAUCGAAGUGAGAAACAAAAGUUGAGGAAGCUGAAACUGCCUUCUUCUAGUGUGCCAUCUUCAGAGACAGACCCUGACCCUGAACCUGACAGGGAUGGCAGCCCAGAUGGUGGCCCAAGAGCCAAGGGCAGCAGAUUUCUUGGUAAAGAGAAAGAGAACAAAGGACGUUUGGAUUUACCACCAUGUGUAGUGCAGCUAACGCGAGUUAAAGAAAAGGAGGGCAAAGUUCUGGAUUCAUUCCCUCAUGCAGUCACAGAGAAACCAAGACUGAAAGUUUCAACUGACACUGUUAGGUCUCCCCCUCCACCUCCUGUUCCUGCAGCAGAACAGAGGGUUUUCUCCACCCGGAUGGAACUUCAAAAGGGAGAAAUUCUCAGGCAUGUAAAAGUACCCAAAGAGAAGGGCUUGGCAAGUCAGGUUGAAUUGGUGGAGAAGGAUGGGAAAAUAAAAGCUAAAAAAUACUUGAAGUCUGAGCCUGCACUUGAGGGUACCAAUUCCUCUGUAGAUGUUGACCGUUUAGCUGCACGAAAGAAACGUUUUGAGGAGGCAACUGUAAAAACUGAUAGGCUUAAAAGGAUCAGUGAGGAGGAGGAGGAGGAGGAGGGUAGACUUUCCCUGAAGAGGCCAGUCGACGGUGCUCUGUCAAAAGACUCAGACGGUGAUAAGAAACUACAAGGGAAGGAUGGCUAUAAGAGAGAGCAUCGAAAAACUAAAUUAGAAAGGCUGGUAACUGUUUGCAGUAGUCCUACAGACAGAGACGAGUCUGAGUGUGCAGCACUUGGUAUGGACUCAGGUCUUAGCCUUGAUCUGCAGUCUCGCCUUGGAGAACCAAAUGAAGAGUCAAUGGACGCUCUAGAUGUCUCUAGUCAGAAGCUGGGAAGUUUUGGUUUGAAAUGUCAGAGUCAUCCUAGUAUUAGUAGGCCAUCCUCUGACGAUGGAAGCCAAGAUCAAGAACAGUUCAGAGAAAAAGAACACCUGCAUAUUAGCAACCAAGAUUACCCUGUUGAGAAAAGCAUAACCGUGCAUGAUGUCCGACUAUCUAUGGACAUAGACCAUUCCCAAAGCUGCAGAAAACAAAUGGAACAAAACCGCCGACUUCAGAAGCAGCUGCAAGAGUAUGACAAGUCAGAUAAAUCUGAAAGCCCUGUUGGUGUAGAUUCAGAAGAUUUGGAGCGGCGGAGUCUAGUUCAUGAAGUGGGAAAGCCACCACUGGAUGUCAGCAAUGUUUCUCCACCCAGCAAGCGUAAAAAACUAGAGACACUUGACUUUGAAUUUAAUUCAAAACAAGAGCGUAACUACAGAAGCUCUAGAUCAGCUAGUGAAGAUUCUGACAAGGAUUCAACCAAUGUAGCCCCAGCAAGACACUUAACAUAUGGUGAGGAAGAGGUCAAUGCAGAUUCUCCACACAUGAUGUCCAGUAAAGACUCCAAAGACUCCCUCAAAGCAGAGGAUAAGGCCAGCACUCGCUUAGAUGUUUUGAAAUACAGUUUGGACUCUUCCACUGGGAAAAUGCUUUCUGCUCAAACAGAGCAUUCCAAACCAAGGUCAGGUUCUCAAAGUGCUGAAGAAGAGAUACGCUGGGAGAGCAGAAUGAAACAGGACACCCUACGCAUGGACAUGACUUUCCCAAGUAGCAUUGUUAAGCGGGAUGGAAUCCGUAAACGACCUGUUCGUGAGCUAGAGCCAGGAGAGGUUCAGUCAGACUCAGACGAUGACAGUGACAAUAAACAUCUCUCACCCAAAUCGAACACCUCACUCUCAUAUUUGCAGAGGGAACGAGAAGACAGACAUUUGGAUAUCAAACUAUCUGGCUCACUUGAAAAGAAUAAGUUUUAUGAGUUUGCCCUGGAUAAGACUAUAACACCAGACACCAAGGCUCUAUUGGAACGUGCAAAGUCUCUCUCCUCCUCAAGAGAGGACAAUUGGUCAUUUUUAGGUCAUGAGACCCGGUUAACUACUCUCCGCAACAGUUCAGACAAGGAGAGGGUUGAGCCAACACCACGACCUAUUCCCUCUUGGUAUAAAAGGAAGUUUAAACAAGACUCUGAGGGCAAAUUGGAUGAUAAAAAGGAGAUGCCCAAGACCGAGGACCAUGAACGACAAGAGCUUUUUGUUUCUCGCUUCCUUCGCAGCUCCAUAUUUGAACAGGAUUCACGUCGUUUGCAGCAUCUUGAACGCAAAGAACAGGAUCUUGAAUAUGGUGCAGGUAGACUUGCAGGCCAAUUGAGUGGCACUGAGGGACAUAUAGGGACUGGAGUUGAAGAUGGUACGCAAGAGCCAAUUGUGCUUUUUCACAGUCGUUUUUUAGAGUUACAGCAGCAGAAGGGCCGAGAUCACAGGGCCCACGAGGAGAGAGCUAGUGUGCCCGACGGAGAUGAGGAUGACAAGGCAAAAGAAGGGAACCAGGAGCAAUUCCCCAAAGUGGAUGAGUCUACACAAGCCAUUAAACCGAUAAGUCCCGUCUCAGCUCCGUUAUUAGCAGUCCAUGCCCCAUCAAAGGAGACUUCUCAACUAGAUUAUAACCUACAGGAUAAAUCAGAUGUGUUGUUUUCCAUAACAAAGUUUGCAGUCCCUCAGAUAAAGGAUGAGGAUAUGGUAGAUGCAGCUGAAAUUUCACCUUCCCAAUCUAAGCAAAUGGAAAAGUAUCAGAUUCCUCCAACUGUUAGCAUUUCAACAGAUGACCCUGUAUGCAAAGAAGAAGAGGCAAAAGAGGAACCUAAACAGGAACCACUUGAAACUAAAGUAACUCCUGUUAGUACUUUGACAGUCGAACCUUCCACCUAUAUUGAUGUCAAGCCUCCCACUCCUGGCGCCUCCCUGAGUGUUUUAGAACCAGCAACUGAAGCAGCUGAGGACACACAGACUGCAAAGUUAUCACCCAAACCUGUGGGGAUACAAGAGGCCCUCAAGGAGGAAUCUCAGCCUGAAAAAUCACUGCCCUUAGACAGCGAUUCACCCAAGAAUGUAGAUGCGCCUCUUGAGAUGGCAGUGUCCAUAUCAGAUGCUGAGACAGAAGCAGCACCUCCUGCACGGAAACAACCCAAGAGCAAAAAAUCUAAGCUCACCCCAGCAGCACCUCCAACCCCUCCUCCCAGCCAGCCAGCAGGAAAUGAGAAGCCAGUCACUCGCAAAAGUGAGCGAAUUGACAGAGAAAAGUUAAAAAGAGCAUCAUCUCCAAGAGGAGAAGUUGUAAAGGGCAAUGUUGAUUCUAAAACUAGAGCAAAAUCACCCAUUCACUCUACAGAUACAGAGCAAGGGUCUGAGUCAGAUGGAGUCAGAGGCAGGCGCCGGCGUAAUGUGCGCUCUGUUUAUGCUACACUAUCUGAGGGUGAGGUUGUGCAACAACCCGGAAAAGAUUUGGUUGAGUCUCCCCGCUCUACACGAAAGCGUGGUGCUGAUAAAGACUCGGUUCAGCAAGAUUCUACUCCCACUACUGGCAAAAGAGGUCGUCCUAAGACUCGUAAAGUGGGAAGAGUUGAAGAUGUGUCACCCGUGAAGGAAGACCAGCCUAAAAUGUCUGAGGGAGAAGGCACUGACAGCAAAGAGUCUGGUGGCAGUGACAUUUCUAAAGUGGCAGAGGGUUGGCGUUCUCCCAGGACUCAGAAAACCCAGACCUCACCCCCCAGGAGUACACAAAGUAGAAAAACAGGCAAGGUUGAAAAAACGCCUGAAAAAGUGGACAUCCUGUUUGACAAGUGUGAAGCUGAUGAAAUUGUAGCCUCAGAAUCCCAAACUAAAUCAAGUGAAGAGUCCCAAGAAUUGACAAGAAAGUUAUCAGAGGAUGCCAAACAACAAACUAAAAUCCAGAAAACGUAUAAAGGGAAUGAAUCUACAGAAACCGCUGAAAAGAAAUCUGAAGAGGAUGAGGAAGACAAACUGGAUGUAUCUAUUGAGAAACGGAAACCAGUUGAAAAAGGUUGUAAGACAAAACCACCAAGACUGACGCGUAGCUCUAAAACAGGAGGUGAGGACAAGUCACUUAGUCUGAAAAAUCUUGUGAUUCAUUUAAGUGUGGAUGAUGUAAUAGGUGUCCUUCGCUCAGGGGAAGAUGAGCCUGAACCAUUUCAAGACUCUGUGAAGAAAACAAAACCUGAAAUGCCUCAGAAAGAAGACACCACAACACCAGAUUACCUUAAGGAGGUGGAUGACCUUAGUCCAGAUGAAAAAGAUGAGGAAACUGAUCCUGAGACCCCAAUUGACCCUACUGCAGCUCUCCUGGCUCGUCAAAUGGAGCUUGAAAGGGCAGUUGAGAAUAUUUCUAACUUUACUGUAGAAACGCCUCUCCCAGCUUACAAAGAACCACCUGCAGAACCCCCAGCCCUCUCACCGCCAGUUCCAGUGGAAGAAGAAAAUGAAGUGGAAGAAGAAAAGCCUGCUAAUCCUGCCAGUGAAACAGAACUUGCUGCAGCAAUUGAUUCAAUUACUGCUGAGGAUAUCUCUGCAGAUACAGAUGCAUUCACUGCAACCUCAUCCUACCCUCUCCAGCUCCCCACACCAGUACCAGUAAUCUUGCCAAUAUCCAGUGGAGCAGUGGAACCUGAGCCUCCAAUGGCUUUCAGUAACGUCAUGAACACAGAUUCAGAAAGUGGUAUCGUCACGGAUCCCAAGGCGUCUGUAGUAAUAAACACUGAAUCUUCAAACCAGGGAGAAUCUCAGCUUGUAGGAACACAAAAGAAAGCAGGAAAAGCCAGACCGAAAACUCCAAAGAAGUCUAGAGGUCGAAAGUCUACUGCAUGCAAGAAAGGAGAGGUGGUUGAAGAGCCUGUUUCGGAAGCUGAGCCAACAACAGUAAAGCUACCAGAGUCGAUUCCUGAAGACAUGAAAACUGUUAACCCAAAGGCAGUUACUACAGCAGCAACAGUACCAGCUGUUGUCACUGCAGCAGCUGCCUGUAAACAUGAUGUUAAAUCAACAGUAACUCUUGACACCCCAAAAGAGGCUGAGCAACCUGCUGUAGAGCAACCUGAACCACAAGAAUCGGCUUUUCAUUCAGGCAGUAGUAGUCCUGCACAUUUUAAAUUACAGCCACCACCACCCACUGACCCCAUUGCCCCUGCUCUCACCCCAUCUCCAACCCGAUUGAAUGUACCACCUGUACGCCCUGCCAAAAUGGCAAUCUCAUCACCAACUUGGCUGAACAGAUCUGAGGGGGCCUCAGCUUUAUCCACACCUACCCCACAAGUAAUAGCAACACCACCCACAGCACCUGUUCCAGGUAUUGGAAGUGUAUCAGGGAACCCACCCUUACCCCCUGAUACUAAGGCAUCUGACAUUGAUCCCAACUCUAGCACUUUACGCAAGAUCCUAAUGGAGCCUAAAUACGUAUCAGCUUCAAACAGUACCUCUGUCCCUAGCAUGGUUCUCACGACUACAUUAGUGGAACCUCGUGUGUCUGAGAAUGAGAAUUCAUCAGACCCCUUACCAGUGAAACCCUCUAUUUCGGAAGAUAGGCCCGCGCCUCAUACACCACAUGCCAUGCUCCCGCACCCCGCCCCAUCUAAACCCCAAGAGAAUCAGCGCAUUUUCAGUGAGAAGAUGGUGAAUUCAGUGAUUUCUUCUGCUACCUCAGUUAUUAGUCGGAUUACCCCCUUUGAUUCUGAUGAGACUCCUCAUAUCUCUCUCAGUAACCGCAGUGCUGGAAUGUCAUUGCCCAAGCAGAAGUACAGAGCUAGUAUGAAUGAAAAUAGUUUACCACGUUACUCUGGAUUGACCGUAGCAGAAGAGGGAAGCAGUGUAGGUCGGCCAGUAGUAGAUAACCCAAUUUACAAUGCAGGCCCAAACCCUGGAUUAAGGGUGAAUACUUCAGAGGGUGUGGUGGUGUUGAGCUACUCAGGACAAAAGACUGAAGGACCUCAACGGAUCAGUGCCAAAAUUAGCCAGAUCCCUCCAGCCAGUGCUGUUGACAUUGAAUUUCAGCAGUCAGUAUCUAAAUCCCAGAUUAAACAGGAGUCUGUCACUCCAUCACACCCCUCUACUCCAAAAGGAUCCCAGACCCCCACAGGUUAUGGACAUACGGGGAUGUUAUUAACUGGCCAGACGUAUAAUACUCAGCCUGUUAUCUCUAUUAACCACGGAAGCCCUAGCUCUGAGAAGUCUGAAUCAUUAUACCACAGUGGUUCCCAAGGUGGUCCUGUCAAAAUGUUCCAGCAGUCAGGUAACAAUCCUCAAGUUCUAAUGUACAAUCAAGUAAUGAUGCAGCAUCAUGCGAAGAAAGGGCCUGGAGGAGACUCCAUGACCAUGAAAGGUGAGGCAAGUAAGCUGAUACAGUCCUCCAACCUGAGUCCAGUCUUGAGCUCACACCACUCCUCUUUGUCUGGUAACCCCAGGGUUUCAAGCCCCACAACUCCUACUGACAGAUCAGUUCAACACCCUAAGCAAGAACCUCACUCUCCCCGGACAUCUGGCCACUCACCUUCACCUUUCCCCAAAAUGUGCCAUCCUGGUAGCUCCCUCUCUCCUAUUGGUUCCUCAGUGGUUUUAGGCCCAAACGGCCCCAUCUCUCAGUAUGUCUCCAAUAUGCAUCACCAAGAACAGUCUGUUAUAAUGCCUACUCACAAUAUUUCCCAGUCAGUACCAAUGGGUCAUCAUUCUCAGGGAGAUGUUAGACUCCACACUCCUCCUCUCUCUGGAAUAAGCUAUGGGAUGCGUGCAGAGUCACUGGCGUCUCCUCGGUCUGGGGCUCAGCAGCGGUCCACUACACCUCAGCCAGCAGCAAUCAGGGACAUAGUAUUGCAGGCACACGCAGGUCCUCCUGGAUCAGGAACAGGAAGUGGAGCUAAUGAGGAGGAAUUGAGACACUUUCAUCAGGGACUGCGAAGACCUGCUCCCUCCCACCUUCAGCCAGAUGUCAUGGUGGUCCCAGGUGACUAUAGAGGGUUGCAUCAUGGUGGACUACGUCUAGAUCAGUACAAUAUGGCCUCUAGGGAUGUACGAAUCCUUAUGCACCAUCAGUUAAGUGAACACCAAUCUGUGGACUUGCAUAAGUCUCGUACUCCAGAGGCCUCAAUGACCUCCUCCACACACAUCUCUGCAACUGCUUCUAAAACUCCCCCUGGUAAGGCUGUACCACCGUCAGGAAAGGAAACCCCAAAAGGUCUCGAAGUCAAGAUGCCACCUUCACCUCAUACAGAGAGUAGAAUUAUUGGGCAUCCUCCUGUUUCUGUCAUGAUGUCACCUCAGGGUGUCCAACUUGUGCAUCCUGGUGGCGCCACUUCCAUGCCAGAGUAUUCAGCAAUGUACCGGGAGAUGCGGGGCUACCAUCCCCAGUUUCCUGGUCACCCGUCAAUUGGCAUGAACCUGGCACCACGCACUAUACCCCCUUCUCAGGAAGUAGAUCAUCCACACAGGAACAGAAUUUCCCCAGUGCAGGCCUCUGGAGCUAUUGCUGAACUCAAAAGUGAAAGCUUGCACCUUCGUCAUCCAGCCAUGGAGUUGUCACACGUCUCUAGGAUUCGCCGAGAGGCUAUCUCUCCCUCCUUUGUACCAUCUUCUGCAGCGGCCCACAAGUCACUUCACAAGGGGCAUCAAGCUGUCAUCUCUGGCCCUCCUCCGCCAACUGCUUCAGGCCCCUCCCAGAUGCGACCAGAUGUGAAACUUGAACACACAGAGCACCGUUCAGUCGACACGGUGAAGCUUUUAACAAAAUAUCCGAUUGUGUGGCAGGGCCUGAUUGCUCUGAAAAAUGACACUGCUGCUGUCCAGCUGCACUUUGUCUCAGGAAACAACAUCCUGGCACAGCGGUCUCUUCCACCAGUGGAGGGCCCUCCAAUUCUUCGCAUAGCACAGAGGAUGCGGCUGGAGGGAGCACAGCUUGAGGGAGUGGCACGAAGGAUGACCGUGGAAGGUGACUACUGUCUUCUGUUGGCUUUACCCUGUGGGAGGGACCAGGAGGAUGUCCUUGCUCAGACUCAUGCUCUUAAAGGUGGAUUCAUUACCUACCUGCAAGCCAAGCAAGCUGCUGGCAUCAUCAAUGUUCCCAAUCCUGGCUCUAACCAGCCAGCCUAUGUUGUCCAGAUUUUCCCACCCUGCGAAUUUUCCGAGACCCACUUGUCUCAUCUCGCCCCAGAUCUUCUUAACAGCGUCUCCAACAUCUCUCCUCACCUCAUGAUUGUGAUUGCCUCUGUGUGAGAGCCAUCUUCUCCAAAACCACUGGACGUCAACACCAGCCUAUGGGACAGCCUUUUUUUCUUAAGUGUGAGGACAUGAAUAUGCCUCGCUGCGGGACUGGGCUCACUCUUUUUUGCAUCAUGCACUCAUUCUCCUUUUUUUUUCUCACCAGAUCCUUAAUUCAUCCUCUCAACUUUUCGCGUCUAUGCAUCUCUACGGAGAAAGCAAAGAUGGGCGUAACUGGAUUUACAAUGAUCAAUUAUAUGAUCAUUUAUUUUAUUUUUCUCAUUGAUGGACACACAGAGGAUUUUCUUUUCUCUUUAAAGCAUCAACAAAGGAGAUGAGUUUAAAACUUUUGAGAGGGAAGAUUAAACAGCCCCCCCCCCCCUCUCUUUUCACUGAUGAUGAUUGUGAUUUUUUUUAGAAUUUCUUAAAACGAUAAAUCUGAUCAGUCAUUGCACUAUGUUGGAGAAAUCAAAUUGAGAAUCAAGUACUUUUAACCUUGUACAGAUUUGAUUAUGACAUGAUGCUUUUAAAAAAAAUAACAUGCUCCUGUCACCAGCCUUCUCUGCGCAAGAGACAAAACUGAGCUGGUGAGAUCUUUUUUUCCUGGGAUUUCACCAUUUGAAGAAAACGUGAACAUACACGACCGACACGUAAAUAUCAGCUCUCUACAGACUUCUCUGCAACUACUGUUCUGUCUUGCCACCUUAAUUCCGUGUCAUUUUUUUUAGAUUUUCUUCUCUAUGUACCAGGCCCUGGAACUCCACAGGGGAUUCUGGAGUUGUACAGUUUACACUUGAUGCCUCAAUGUGAGACUAUAAGAUAUACGUUUUGCUCAACUUUUUUUUGUCUCUUCAAGAUUGAAGGCGAAAAGGGGUGAAUGCGAAAAUUUGUAAAUAUUAUAAAUAUUUAAGGACUUACAAUGGACAAAAAAAGACAAGAAGCUGGGAGACCAAGUGGAUUACAGCAUAUCAUUGACCACAGAUGAUAAAUUAUGUCAGGAAUGUCCGAAGGGGGACCUGCUUCCCCUUACUUUGUCUUUAGAAUAAAUUCUGUGCCAAAAUACCUUUUAAAAUAAUUCAGAUGAAUACAAAAAAUGGAAUAACAAAUGGAAUUCAAGAAUCAAAUAUUAUUUUCAUACUUUUUGUAUUUGUCACAUUGUUGAAAUUGUUUCUGUUGACUCUGCCUUGUUUUCAAUGAUUCGUAUUGUUUCCCUCUUGUUUUGUCCGCCCUAAUCCUUCUACUGGAAUCUAGUUCACUUUCACUCAAAGACAUGAUGUGGUGGUGGUGGUGUUGGUGAUGUUCUUUUGAGGCCACUCCCUUGACUGUUUAAAUAGUUAUCUUCUCUAUGUCCCUGUUUUUCUGCCUCUAUCUCAUUGACAACACGUCUGACUAAGAAAUCUGGUGUAAUUAGCUGUGCCAUGUGGUCAGACCAGUCUGAAUGAAAUGUUAACGCGUGAAAAUUAUGUCUCUAAUUGAAAAAGAAUUUUGGGGAUGUUCUCCCUUCUUAUACUUGUCUGUCCACUGUCUCCCGAGCCAAGAUGUAAAUAGUCAUUCAUUUUAUCUUUGAACAUGUUUAUUUGCGCUCAGAUUUUGUCUCAUUUCAGGGUCCUCAUUUUUGUUUUGUAUGACAAAACAAAGCAGUCUGAAGAAGACAGAACCAGGUGGAAACCGAUGCAGAAAGUAGAACCAUGUUUCUCAGUUUUGUGGUGUGAAUAUUUGUACGACUGCAGGCUGACAGUUCUCAUGGUUAUGUUGAUGGCACUUAUAAUUUUUGAUACAAAUUCAAAAAAUACCAAAAGUAAGAAAAGAAAAAUCAGAACUGUUAAUCUAAAAAAAUGUCUUUUGAUUUAUCUUUAUUUCAUCAGUUUGUAUUUUUGCUGUUCCUCUAUGAGGACAUUUUAAAAUGUAAAAUAAAUUUUGUUGGUUAACACUUCUACAGAUCAUUAAAAUGGUCAUUCACUAUU